AUGAAGACCUCCCUUGUGUUGCUAGGCCUUCUCAGCCUGGCUGGCCCAGCCUUGGCUGAUCCGACCUGGCCCUCCAGCAUCGACGAAUUGGAGGAGAUCAUGUAUCAAAUCAACUCUUUCCGGGCUCGCAAAUUUGCUGAUACUGUCAACCCAUGCACCAACGAAGCCUCGGGUCCCGGUCGCCGCAAUGCUGCAGAGUGGCUACGAUCCGCCUUCCACGACAUGUCAACGGCCAACACCUUCUUCAAGACUGGUGGUCUUGAUGGUUCCCUGCAGUAUGAGUUGGACAAUGGUGAGAAUACAGGUCCAGGCCACAGAACGACCAUGAAUUUCAUGGGACCUUAUGUCACUCGCCGUUCUAGUCUCUCCGACUUGAUUGCCAUGGGGGUCUAUAUGUCUGUUCGUUCAUGCGGCGGCCCAAUCAUUCCCAUUCGCGCUGGACGUAUAGAUGCUGCCGCUGCCGGUGCCUUGGGUGUUCCCCAGCCUCAGAACUCGGCAACCAUGUUCCAACAGCAGUUUGAACGCAUGGGUUUCAGCACUGAGGAAAUGAUUCAGGCUACGGCCUGCGGCCACACUCUUGGUGGCGUUCAUCAAGACGAAUUUCCUGAUCUCAUGCCAGCUACUGGUGUAGUCAGUGGCAAUGUAGCACUCGAUUCUACUGAUGCCGUCUUUGACAACAAGGUUGUUACUGAAUACCUCUCUGGAAACACCUCCAACAUGCUCGUCGUCGGCCCCUCGGUCAAGAUUAACAAGAACUCGGACUUCAAGGUUUUCAAUGUGGACGGAAACAAGACCAUGGAGACUUUGACUGACGCCAACAAUUUCAAGGCCGUCUGCCAAAAGGUCCUUCAAAAGAUGAUCGAGGUGGUUCCUCCAACCGUCACCCUUACCGACCCAAUUGUCCCCUACACCGUCAAGCCUGUCAACCUGCAGCUUAGUCUGACUAACGGCGGCACUGGUCUUCAAUUUACCGGGUUCAUUCGUGUCAAGGUCACUGAUCUCCCAAAGGACAGCAUCAAGAACGUGGUCAUCACUUACAAGGACCGCAAGGGCAAUGCAAACUGCGGUGCGAGCUCUUGCACCAUCACGGCCACUGUUCAGGGAGUUGCGCAAGGCUUCGACGACAACUUUAACUUUUACCCCAUCGAGGCCGUCAUUCCUGCUGCGUCGGGUAUCUCGUCCUUCACAGUCACCGUGAACAAUGCCGACGGAACGAGCAAAGCCUACGACAACAACGGCAACGGCUAUCCUCUUCAGGAUGAUAUCUUGUUCCAGGCCCCUCAGAGCUGUGUCACUGGCAGCUCUGGCGCCCUUACCGUUGUCGCUGCUGUUCGCAAUGAUGUUGCCAGCAAUGGUGCCCAGGCUAGCAUUACCUACAAAACGCCGCAGACCAACAGUCCCGUCGCCCUCUUGAACAAUGCCACUGUCCCUCUUCAGAAAGGCGCCUGUCUUGGCAAGUAUACCCUUUUCUCGGGCCAGUACACCAUUCCCGGUGGCAUGCCUUACCAGUCUCGGGUUGAUGUUAUUUCUGGAAGCAAAGCCGACACCUUUAAGGCUAUCACCGAUAUUGGCGGAACUUGCACCGCCUUUCCCAACCCUGGAGCCUGUGAUGCUGUUGACCCUCCAGUUAACUCGACCACCACGACGACAACUCCCGGUUCUACGGCCACGACCACAACCACAACUUCUAUAGUGGCGCCCGUCACUCCUACCCACCGUGCCACUGUUGCCGGCUAUACUCACGUCUCCUGCUGGAGCGAGGGUGUCGGCGUCCGAGCGCUGGCUGGCACCUCUUUCGCCAACGACACCAUGACCCUUGAGAAGUGCGCCGACUACUGCAAAGCUUAUGUAUACUGGGGUACCGAGUAUGGUCGCGAAUGCUACUGCGGAAACGCUCUUGACAAGACUAGCGCGGCUGCUGCCCUAACUGAAUGCAACAUGGCCUGCGGCGGUGACCCCAGCGCGUACUGCGGCGCCGGCAACCGUCUCGAGCUGUACUCGACGACGAGCGCACCCGUCACGCCGACUCCUACUGCCACUCUCAGUCACAAGCCCACUGUGGCCCCGUACACUAUGGUCGGCUGUUGGAGCGAGGGCAACGGUGUCAGGGCUCUUGGACAAGCGGCCACUACCAGUGACAAGAUGACCAAUGAAGCUUGUGCUACCUUCUGCAAGUCUUUCAAGUAUUUCGGCACCGAAUACGGCAGUGAAUGUUACUGCGGCAGCUUCCUCGCCGAUAGCAGCAAGACGGCGCCUAUUGGGGAAUGCAACAUGCCUUGCUCUGGUGAUCAGUACGAGUACUGUGGUGCCAGCAGCCGCUUGGAGCUCUACCAGAACCCCAACAUCACCACUGGUAACCCUGAGCAGCCUGCAGCUGUUGGCGACUAUGUCUUCGCCGGAUGCCAAACUGAGGGCAACAACACGAGAGCUCUGGCCGGCCCGACGCUGCCGCAGAAUAACAUGACCAAUGAAGUGUGUGCCACGUUUUGCAAUAGCAAUGGCAAUAACUUCACGUACUUUGGUACCGAGUAUGGCCGAGAGUGCUACUGCGGUAACGCUCUUGACAUUUCCUCGGCUGUUGCCCCCGCUGGCGAUUGCAAAAUGCUCUGCGGUGGUAGUGACACGGAGUACUGCGGUGCUAGCAACAGGCUGUCUGUUUAUAAGAAGAAGCAGAUUCCCGCCACGACACAGAAGCGGAGACGCAACUACUUGUAA